AUUUAGUCUCAUCUAUAAAUACAGAGGUCAUCCCUCCAUUAAUUACCAUCCAUUAAUACACUUUCUUCCUUUCCAGAGCCCACCUCCUCCAUCAAUUUGCCUUUGCUUUCCUGUGACCUACUGCCUUUUCCAGGAUAAAGAAACUACCAUAACCAUGGGAAGAGCACCUUGCUGCGACAAAAAUGGACUCAAGAAGGGCCCUUGGACUCCUGAGGAAGAUCACAAGCUCAUAACUUAUAUUCAACUUCAUGGACCUGGCAACUGGCGUACCCUCCCCAAGAAUGCUGGACUCCAAAGAUGUGGAAAGAGCUGUCGUCUUCGAUGGACAAAUUAUCUGCGUCCUGAUAUUAAGAGAGGAAGGUUCUCUUUCGAAGAAGAAGAGACCAUAAUUCAACUCCACAGUAUUAUGGGAAACAAGUGGUCGGCUAUAGCUGCUCGCUUGCCAGGCAGAACUGAUAAUGAAAUCAAGAAUUACUGGAACACCCACAUUAGAAAAAGGCUCCUCAGAAAUGGAAUCGAUCCUGUUACUCAUGCUCCUCGUCUUGAUCUUCUUGAUCUUUCCUCCAUUCUUGGUUCAGCUUUAUGUAAUCCAUCACUUUUCAAUCUGUCAAGCUUGUUGGGCACUCAAACAAUCCUAAAUCCAGAAGUUUUAAGGUUAGCCACUACCUUGUCAUCGUUAAGACAAGAAAACCCAGAAAUGUUUCUGCAACACCUGCAGGACAACCAGGUGCUGAGCUCGCAAGUGCAAAACCAAGUCUCACUAUCACAAGCUAAUCAGUUCCAGAAUACAAUUCAAGAACCUACUAGUUCUCAAUUUUUAAGCCCAACCCAACUCAUGCAGACAGAUGUGGGAGGGUUAUCUUGUCAAAACUCCCUUCAAAACGUAGUGCCUUCAAGUUUGGAUGAUUGCUUAGUUUCGCAGGUGCCAAACUUUGUCUCUUGCAAUACAAAUCCUUCCAUUCCAGAUAAGCUCGCAGGGAACUCAGGGUUUCAACCAAUAAAUAACAGCUGCCAAAAUUACAGCAUUGAAUCAGUUCUUUCAACGCCAUUAUCAAGUCCAGCUCCCUUGAAUUCAUCAUCCACAUUCGUCAAUAGCAGCAGCACGGAGGAUGAGAGAGAAAGCUACUGCAGCACCUUGUUCAAGUUUGAAAUUCCGGAGAGUUUGGACAUGGAUGAUUUCUUGUAAAUAUUGCCUCUUGUAUACCAGAAAAAUGUACUGAAUUUUUCACUUCUUUUGAUUUUUUUUUAAAAAAAUUUCUUCUUUUUUUUCUUUUAUGAGUACAUGCAUAUUUGUGCUCUUGGUUUUUGGAUU